AUGAAUUACCUCCGCAGGCGACUCUCUGACAGCAACUUCAUGGCCAACCUGCCCAACGGCUACAUGACGGACCUCCAGCGCCCUCAGCCGCCGCCGCCGCCGCCGCCCAGCGCCACCUCUCCGUCGCCGGGCAGCAUCUCCCCAGCUGAAAGGGCAAAAUAUUUCAAGGGGAAGAAACUUCAUGGGGAGUUGGACAUCAAGGUUGAACAGGCGGAAUUCUGUGACUUGAACUUGGUGGCUCACGCUAAUGGCAAUUUUUCUGUUGAUAUGGAGGUUAUACGCAACGGGAUCAAGGUAGUACGGAGCCUGAAACCAGAUUUUGUUCUGAUCCGUCAGCAUGCUUACAGCAUGGCUCGUGGGGGAGACCACCGUGGCAUUGUUAUUGGCUUGCAGUAUGCAGGCGUGCCCAGCGUCAACACUUUGCAUUCCGUAUACAACUUCUGUGACAAGCCUUGGGUGUUUGCCCAGAUGGUCCGCCUGCAACGCAAGCUCGGUCCGGAAGAAUUCCCCCUCAUUGACCAGACAUUCUAUCCUAAUCAUAAGGAGAUGCUGACAACCUCCAAAUACCCAGUGGUGGUAAAGAUGGGACAUGCUCAUUCUGGAAUGGGAAAGGUGAGGGUGGAGAACCAGUAUGAUUUCCAGGACAUUGCCAGUGUUGUAGCUCUCACCAAGACCUAUGCCACUUCAGAACCUUUUAUUGAUGCCAAGUAUGAUAUCCGUAUACAGAAGAUUGGCAAUAACUACAAAGCCUACAUGAGGACCUCUGUUUCAGGCAACUGGAAAACCAAUACUGGCUCUGCCAUGUUGGAGCAAAUAGCUAUGUCAGAUAGGUACAAGCUAUGGGUGGACACUUGUUCAGAAAUUUUUGGUGGUUUGGACAUUUGUGCAGUAGAAGCUCUGCAUGGCAAGGAUGGACGUGACCACAUUAUUGAGGUAGUGGGAUCAUCCAUGCCUCUGAUUGGAGACCAUCAGGAGGAAGAUAAGCAGCUGAUUGUGGAGCUGGUACUGUCACGUAUGGCCCAGGUCAUUCCUCGCACACCAGUGCCCUCCCCUGUGCGCUCUGCUUCAGGACAGCAUGCCCAGGCUCAGCCAGCUCAAGCUGGACAGAGACAAGGCCCUCCAGCCCAACAGAGACCUCCACCCCAAGGAGGACCUCAGCAGCCACCUCCAGGCUCCCAGCGCCCUCCGUCUCAGCAGCGCCCCCCUCCCCAAGGCCAACAACUCUCAGGCCUUACCCCACAGACCAGUGCUCCUGCAAUGGGUCAGCGUCUGCCCAGCCCCACUACCCAGCAGCCCCCACCGCAGGCCCAGCAACGUCCUGCUGGGCAGCGCCAGCCUGGGCCUGGAGUCCAGCAGUCUCGCCAGCAGGGCCCCCCCUCUGCUCCACAGUCCCCCCAGCCCCAGAGAGGGCCAAGCCCCAGUGGCGGAGGACAGCAGCAGAGGCAGCAAGGUUCCCCCCCGCAGCAGCAGCGGCCUGCAGGGGCUGGCCUGCCCAAGACAGCAUCUGGGGGCCUCCCAGGGCAACAGCAGCAGCCCCAGCAGGCACAGCGCCCUCCAGCAGCUGGCGGUCAACCACGGCAGCAUCCACGGCAGGGCAGCCAAGGGGGCCUGACUCAGCAGCGCCCACCGGGAGCAGGAGCACAGCAGCAGCGCCCAUCACCACCCACUACCCAGCAGCCGAGGCCCAGUACUCAGGGGCAGGGUCCUGGUGGCCCAGGGCAACAAGGGAACCGCCCUCCACCAAGCCAAGGAAAGCCACAACUUGCCCAGAAACCCAGUCAGGAUCUGCCUCCUCCACCCCAGCCCCAGCUGAACAAAUCCCAGUCUCUGACCAAUACCUUCCCCCUUGCAGAGGCACCGGUGCCACGGGGCAGCCUUAGUCAGGAUGAAGUGCGUGCUGAGAGCAUCCGCAGCCUCCGACAGAGCUUCGCCAGCCUCUUCUCCGACUGA